AUAAACUAAAAAUCAAUCAUCCAUUCUCGCUGCAAUAAACACUAAAAGAAAAAUCCAGCGCCUCCAUCGAAAUUGAAAAAUGAGUUUUAGUUGUUAAGGCGGACACUAGUCCAAACCACUGCAAAAGGAAGGACCGAACUAAAAAAUGCUAAUGUGGCGUCGGAGCCAUAUGGAUGCUCUAAUCACAAUUCCAUAAAAUAUGCAGAGAAUAUAAAAGUUUUUAUAUACAUUACUUAUUUUAUUUUGGUGUACCAAACACAUAAAUUUAUUAGUAUUAAUUUUUAUUUACUCUAUCAAAUACCAUUGUAUGUUCCACUAUUAUACCCGGAAUAUUUAUAGUCUACCAAAGGGGGCUUCGGAAUAUAAUAAAUAUAUACCGUCUGAAAAAAUGAAUAAUCAAUAGUAAAUACUAACAUCUUGUGUAAUGGAUGUACCUCCUCAUGUGGUGAUCCUACCGUUCCCAGCUGUGGGCCACAUCAAGCCGAUGCUGAUGUUAGCCGAGCAUCUGAGCUUAGCCGGUUUGACCAUCUCCUUCGUAAACAAUGAGCAGAGCCACCAACUCAUCCGCCGCCGCAGCCCUGGGAUCAAUUUUCUCUCCAUCCCCGACGGACUGCCGCCGGAUCAUCCGCGAAGCGGUCCUUCUAUUGUGGAUCUAUUGAUCUCCACCAGCACCGCCUGCAAACCGAUUUUCAAACACUUGAUCGCGUCUAUGACUCACGCGCCGACGUGUGUGAUUGCCGAUGGGAUCAUGUCGUUUUCCAUCGACGUGGCGGUCGAGCUCGGGAUUCCGGCGAUUGCUUUUAGGACUUACAGUGCUACUUCGACUUGGACUUACUUUCACCUCCAGAACCUCAUCCAAGAGGGUGAAAUUCCUGUUGUUGCAGGAACAGAAAGUGAAGAGCUGGAGAGGCAAGUCCGGUGCAUUCCCGGUCUAGAGAAAAUCCUGCGACGCCGCGAUCUUCCCAGCAUAUGCAGAUUAGACCCACACAACCAAAUUCUCCAAUUCUUCAUCAAUCAAGCCUCCAAAAUGCGCAACGCCUCCGCUCUCAUUCUCAACACCUUCGACUCCCUCGAAGCCCCGUUCAUCUCCCGCCUCCACUCCAUCUUCCCCACAGUUUACGCAAUCGGCCCACUCCGCUCUCCCGCGCAGCACGACUCUCCCACUCCGCUCCAGAUCGACAAAUCAUAUAUCCAGUGGCUCGAUUCCCAGCCGUCCAGAUCAGUCUUAUACGUUAGCUUCGGCAGCGUCGCAACGCUGUCCCGUGACGAGUUGGUGGAGUUUUGGCACGGAUUGGUGAAUAGUGAGAUUCCUUUCCUGUGGGCCAUACGUCCUGAUUUAAUAGACAACGGGUCGGGUGCAGUUCCCGAUGAUUUGAGAUCAAAGCGGGGCCGGAUUGUGGGCUGGGCCCCGCAGGAGGAGAUUCUGGCCCAUGAUGCGGUGGGUGGGUUUCUGACGCACUGUGGGUGGAACUCGAUUCUGGAGAGUGUUUGGGCAGGGAAGCCGAUGAUUUGUCGGCCCUUGGUAGCGGAGCAACAAGUGAAUGGGAGGUGUGUGAGUGAGGUGUGGGGGUUGGGGUUGGAUAUGAACCGCUUGUCUGAUCGGUCGGUUGUGGAGAAGGUAGCGAGGGAUUUGAUGGAGGGUGAAAAAGAGAGGAUAUCGAGAUCAACGGCUCGGAUGGCUCAUGAUGCGAGGGAUAGCAUUUCCGAGGGAGGGGCGUCAUAUGAGAAUUUGCACAAAUUGAUUUCAGACAUCAAGAUAUUGCACUCAAAAUAGAACUUGUAUGUAUGGUUAUACUCCCUCUGUUCAUGAAUAAAUGUUUCAUAUUUGAUUGACACAAAUAAAUGUUUCAUA